AUGGCUUCACCAGACAUCAUAAAGGUUGAAGAAGGGGAUAGCUCUUCUUCCAACACCAAUGGAAAUUCCGGGAUGUGUAAUUCUUCCGACAUUGUUCAGCUCGUUCAAAAGGUAAUAGCUGAAGUUAUUGGGACGUAUUUCUUAGUAUUUGCCGGGUGUGGCUCGGGGGUGGUUAAUAAGAUAUAUGGUUCAGUAUCAUUUCCCGGGAUUUGUAUAGUUUGGGGUUUGAUUCUCAUGGUCAUGAUUUAUUCUGUUGGUCAUAUCUCCGGCGCCCACUUUAAUCCGGCAGUCACUAUCACUUUUGCAAUCUUUAGACGUUUCCCUCUCAAACAGGUGCCUCUAUACAUCGCGGCGCAGAUGAUAGGAUCAAUUCUUGCUAGUGCCACGUUAUGCGCUCUUUUUCCUAUAAAUAACAAGUAUUUCUUCGGAACGACACCGGUUGGGUCCAAUUUUCAAGCUCUCUUUAUUGAGAUAAUCACCUCCUUUCUUUUGAUGUUUGUUAUUUGCGGCGUUGCCACUGACAAUAGAGCGAUUGGAGAAUUGGCGGGAAUUGCUGUGGGGAUGACAGUAACCUUAAACAUGUUUAUUUCUGGGCCAAUAAGUGGAGGAUCUAUGAACCCUGCCAGGAGCAUUGGGCCUGCUCUUCUCUUGCGCAUGUACAAGGGACUUUGGGUUUACAUAGCUGGGCCCCUCGCAGGGACCAUUCUUGGUGGUUUCGCCUAUAAUAUGAUUAGAUUAACUGACAAACCACUCCGGGAGUUAACCAAGAGUGGAUCUUUUCUCAAAAGCAUGUCCAAAAAAUAG